UGUCAAAUUUGUGAUUAUGUCACAUUGACUUAGCUUGCGUGAGGACACAGUGGCCGUUGACAAACAUCCAAGCGACGGAAAGAUGCGCGACCUACAGCUAUAACAAUUUAACUUUUGACCCCCCAACUUGUUUACCUCAUUAUAAUAUUCAUAAGGACUGGACCUAUCAGCAGGCAUGAACAACGUGCGCUUGAACCUAAGGUUAGACAACCGCCUUGGCAUUAAGAGGGUCGCAAUGGAGGAAGCGGAGAAUAAUCACGACCAAAUGGUCAAAAAACUGGAUGACUAUUACACAAUGAUGAAGCGUCAGAUUCUGCAGUAUCAGAGUUGUCCCCUCGGUCUGUUCCCAACCAUUGGAUCCAAGGAUAACCAGUCUCGUGCUGCCAACGUCCGAGACAGCAUCUACUGCGCUGUCGCUGCAUGGUCACUAUCACAGGCUUACAGACGCAUUGAUGAUGACAAGGGCAAGACACAUGAACUGGGCCAGAUUGCUGUCAAGUGUAUGCGAGGCAUUCUCUUCUGCUGGAUACGUCAGGCAGACAAGGUAGAGAAGUUCAAAUCCAACCAGAACCCAGACUUUGCCCUACAUUCCAUAUUUGACAUCAUCACGGGUGAUCCAAUCUACGCUGAUGACGAUUAUGAACAUUUGCAGAUAGAUGCUGUGGCUCUGUACCUCAUCUUCCUGAUUCAGAUGGUCUCGUCAGGCUGCCAGCUAAUAUUCACAACGGAUGAGGUGAACUUUGUACAGAACCUGGUGUUCUACGUAGAGAGAGCGUACAGGACCCCGGACUACGGCAUGUGGGAGAGAGGCAGCAAAUACAACAACGGCUCCACGGAAAUACAUGCAAGCUCAAUUGGCAUGGCGAAGGCAGCACUUGAAGCUGUGAAUGGAAACAAUGUGUAUGGGGAACAGGGUGCAGCGUGGUCCGUCAUCUAUGUGGACAUCGACGCCCACAACAGAAACAGGACAAUCUUUGAGACUAUUCUUCCACGAGAAUCUAACUCGAAGAACACUGACGCCUCCCUCCUGCCUACCAUUUGUUGGCCGGCGUUCGCCAUACAUGAGGAACCCGUGAAGCGCCAGGCCGUCAACAAGGUGAUCCGCAAACUGAAGGGCAACUACGGCAUCAAGCGCUUCUUCCGGGACGGAUACAAGACAGAGUUGGAGGACAAGAACAGGAAGUACUACAGGCCGGCUGAAAUAAAAAAUUUUGAUGGCAUUGAGAGUGAAUGGCCAAUCUUUUACCUGUUCAUCAUGAUUGACUGUAUCUUCCACGGAGACAAGGAGGGGGCGGAGAAGUACCAGAAGCUGCUGAAGCCGCUGCUAGUGGAGAGUCCUGAUGGGCUGCUGAUCCCACAGUACUACUACGUCCCAGCAGACAAGAUUGAGCUUGAGAAGAGCAAACCCGGAAGUCAGAAGAGGUUGGCCAGCCCGGUGGGGUCAACUGACGGCAUCUUUAUGUGGGGACAGGCUGUCUACCUCAUCUCACAGCUACUCAGUGAUGGCCUGUUGAAUGUCAAUGAGUUGGAUCCAGUCAGGAGAUACCUGCCAGCUCUAGAAAGGCCGAAGUUUAGUGCAAGGUACUCCAAAUUUCAGGGGACGCCACCAGACCUGAUUAUCCAGAUUGUUCUGAUCGCGGAGAGCACCCGGCUGCAGCAGUUGCUAGCCACGUACGGCAUCCAGACGCAGACGCCGCAUCAGAUAGAGCCCAUCCAAAUCUGGUCCCCAAAAGAACUGACCAAAGCCUACGAGUACCUGGGCGUCAAUAAGAAGCUGGGCCUGACAGGCAGGCCAUCGCGGCCGUUCGGUGUUCUCAGCACAUCCAAGAUUUACCGAGCUUGUAGCAAGACCAUCCUCUGCUACCCACUCUUGUUCGAGCUGUCCGACUUCUACCUGGCUCAAGACAUCUCUCUGGUCAUGGAUGACUGCAAGAAUGAUCUUGCCUUCUUGUCGAAGCGGUGGAAGUUGUCCGGCCGACCCACAUGGUGUAUGGUCAUCAGGGAGAACUCAAUCAGUAAGCUGCAAAGAGGCCAUAACUUUGGAGAGUUUCUAGACCUGCUGUCUCAGUUCAAGAAGGGAAGUGUGGACGGCAUCCGUGUCAGUCUUGGCCGACUGCAGUCGUUCAUCUCGUCGGCUUGUAUUGAGCACCUCGACUUCCUCCAUACGCUCAUCGACCCAGGGAUAUUCACCAAGUUUGAGGAGAAGGCUGUGGGCUCUAACUUCAAGAGUCUGACCGACAUUCCAAGCCUCAUAGACAUUGUGGAAGACGGCCAUGUCAAUAAGAAGGACCUGCUGCCCCGUUCGACCUAUGACCUGAGCCAGAUGCUGAGGUCAGUGAGUGGGUUGACGAUCCAGAGCCAGAUCCUGGAGAUACUGUAUGAGCGCGAGGGUCCGCUGUACCGCACGGAGGGUCAGACCGUGGAAGAGAGGCUGGAGAGACUGGUGCAGAAGGCGGGGGCUCAUAAACACUGGUCAGUGGUCCGCCUCUGCUCCGCCCUCCUGGGCAAACUGGUGGACAGUCUGGCGCCGUCGGUCACCUCCGUGCUGGUCAGAGGGAAACAGAUCACAGUGGGCGUGUUUGGCCAUGAGGAGGAGGUGUUGGACAAACCGGUUGGCCCGAAUGAGAUCAAGACAAUCAUCUACGGCAAGUGCCUGCCCUACGACAUCCGCCAGGCAGUGCUGCAGCAGGAGCUCAUCCUGUGUCUGGGGAAGAUCAUCGCCACAUCCUCCGAGUUGUUUGACGGUAUCCUCAAGAUCCGGAUUGGGUGGUUUGUGCGAGCCAUCGAGGUAGAGAUGGAGCAAGAACAAGGCAGCGCGUUCGACAUCCAUGCCAUCUCCCCGCAUCAUGUGAAGGAGAUGAUGCUCACUGUCCUCACCCGCAACACCUACGAGGCCGACAUCAGAACGCCAUUCCAGAAACGACAGUUAGAUGGAGCGUUGAACCGUGUGCCCAAAGACUUCUACGACCGAGUGUGGGAGAUUCUGGAGCGAACACCUGGAGGGAUCAAAGUGGCCGGGUAUCUGCUGCCACAGCAACCCACGCUGUCAGACAUGACGAUGUAUGAACUCAACUUCUCUCUGCUGGUGGAGCAGAUGCUGUCCAAGAUAGUGGACCCUUCCUACAGGCAGAUCAUGGUGGAGGCAUUCAUGGUGGUGUCCAUCAUCCUGGAGAGGAACCCGGAGCUCAUGUUUCAGCAGGCCGUCAACAUGGACAAGAUCAUCCAGGAGGCUUACGAUGAGUUUCAGCGGGACUUGAACAAGUCUGAAGGCCGUGAGAAGCAGGAUGACAUGCGCUGUUUUUUCAACACAGCACCCAACGUGAAGCACGGCACAACGGGGUACAUCGGCAAGACCGUGAUGAGGACCUUGCUGGACGGAGAUCUGCGAGUCACCAUGGACGACAUGUGCUGUGUGUCCUAGUCAGGCCUGUACGUGGACCUUCCUGUCCUGCACAAACCUGCCCCAGCCCCAGAGAACAGCAGCGGGGAGACAGACAUGUAGGGUGGUGCCCCUUCCACUCCCUCCUCCAACUUGCCCAAUGUGAUGCACAUGUUCAAGGACUGCAGAGGUUCAUAUGUUCCCAGAAUCCCCAUCAUGAACUGUUGUGUUUCACAUGUUUACAGAAUCUGCAGUUUCACAUGUUCAUUGACAGCAGAGGGUCAUAUGUUCACAUAAUCCUGUUCAUGAACUGGUGUGUUUCACAUUUUUAUGAAAUCCUCUGUCUGGCAUGGUGAGGGAUUGCUGAGGUGAAUAACACUAUUUUAGCAGACCCACACCCAGACAAGCAAGUUGUUCACCUCAACACCACAAAGAUUCUUCCACACCCUGAGGUGACUCAGGUUGCAGGAAGCACCACAUCUUCCAGACAUACAGCUGUAUAGGUGGACAAGAACCAUGAUACAUGAUCAUACGUGUUCUGAAUCCCACGGAAGCUGGCUGCAACUCCGGCCUGAUGCUAAGGCUGUUCUUGCUCUCUCAUUGCCAAGUGUUGGUCACAGAUAGGGAUCCAUUGGGCAUUCCAGUGGAGCAUGUGACCAGUAUGGAUGUUCUCUGUGUGUGUCUUCCUUGCUGGGGGAAGUCAUGCCUGUGAAAUAUGUAUGUGAUACUUGUGCAGCGAGUCUUCAGUUUGUUACCAAAAGCUGAGCGGUCAACAGCGCUGUUGAUAUGUCAGUGGUUACUGUUACCAGCAGAUGGACCUGUAAGUAGAAUAUGCAGUCUCCCGGAAACAAUGGGAUUAAAUAUGUUAUUGAUCCAUGGAAUAACAAAAUGACAAAUCUCUGUGUGUGAAUGAGUGUUUUAACGUGGAUUAUUUGAGAAUAUUUUCAUAUCCCUACUUGAAGUAUAUGAUCACCUCUCCCAGAAAGGGGCCCAGGUGGCCCAGGUGUCUAAGGCACCACAAUUGUGCAGGGUUGCAUCCCUUAGGCAUGCCAGAAACCUAUGAUCAUUGGUUCAAAUCCACGGUUUCGCCCUGAUUGUGUUUCUAGUUUUGUCAGCACCAUACUCAUUCUAGUGGGGUUCUCCAAAAUGACAGGUGAUGGUGGUUGGGUAAUCUCAUAUAAUUAAAUCUCAUGUAAUCUCACAUUAUUAAAUUUCAGAACAAAAAAUCACAACAUGCUUUGUAUACUCACAUUAAUGAAAUAGGCAAUCUUAUUCAAACCAGAUCUGUUAAUCUGAUACAAUACCACUCCGCAUGAAGAUCGGAGGGCACCUCCACAGCAGGUCACAUCAGGUCAACUUAUCUGCCAAUCAAUGAUUCUCAGUAUGAGUGAGAGAAGCAUUCACAAAAUCGUAUCUGAAUAGGAUCGGGGAGUUCCAAAUGCAGAACAAUAAAGAUGUGCUAUAGUGUU